GCAAAUCUCAGAGGGUUUCACGCUAUAAAUAAACGCUCAAUCUCUCCUCUCUCCGUUAGCCGUCUUCCUCAGGUACCCUUCAUCUCGCAGCGGCCUUCUCUUCUUUAUUAUUAGGGUUUCUAACUAUUUAUGUUUCCCCCUGCGAUUCCGUUCGAAAUUCGUAUUCAAGAAAUUGAAAUUCUUUCUUUUAUCUUGCCGUUGAUUUCAAUUUUGCUGGAUAUUUGAUUCUUUUUUUCCCCACCACCACUUAUGAUUGACUGAGCGCUGAUCCGAAACUAUUUACCCUUAAAGAGAUGGCAAAGUUAAGCAGCGAUAUAGUUGGGCGAGCCUUCGUUGAGCGGUACUACACAAUUCUUCAUAUGAAACCAGAAGCAAGUCAUGGGUUUUAUGAAAAUGCGAGUUUGGCCACAUGGGAUAUGAAAGAUUGUGUCACAACACAAGAAGGAAUACAUGACAUGAUCCUGUCUUCAGACUUCAAAGAUUGCAUUUUUCAAAUUGAUGACAUCCGCACCCAGAAUUCUGUACAUGGAACUAUUCUUGUUGUGGUCAGUGGUGUUGCCACUGGGAAAGAAAAGUCGAGGAAAUUUAUUCAGACAUUCGUUCUGGCUGGGCAAGAAAUCACAUUUUAUGUAUUAAACGAUAUCCUUUAUUUUGUCGACGAAGAAGAUAUUAGAGAAGUGCCAUCUCAAGUAGUUUUUAAUUCAGAGCCAGCGGUAAAAGAACCCACUGUUGUUGAUGUGGACAAUGUGAGUGAUGUCUCUCAAGUGUCUGAUGAUGCUAAGGUUUUGGAACCAACUAUUGGCGAAACAGCCGUAGAGCCCGAGCCGAAAGUUCCGGUUGUUGAGGCUCCUGCUAAUACAGAUCAGAAAGUUUCUGAGGUUGUUGUAAAGGAAGUUGAGAAGGCAGCAGCGGCUGUUCCUGAGGUUGCGCCUACAGUUCCAGUGUCUGUCCCUGAGGUUAAGGACGUUAAUGGUACUGUUUCUGAAGCACCAAAAGAGGAUGCUCCUAAGUUAUCUUACUUAGAAAUGGUUUCUAAGGGCAAAACGAGCUCUUCUCCCAUACCAUCUACUAAUAUUGUCAGGGUUUCUGCCCUUGCUUUCCUCCCUGAGGAAGAGAAGGCCAAAAUAAGAGCUCUGCAAAAUGGCUCAAGGAGGGCUAUGACUUUGGCUUCCGAGACAAAACCCGAAACUCCUUCCCCAAAAAACAGUGUACGCGAGAAUAACAACAUAGGCCCAAAGGGCAUUUAUAUUGGGGGGUUGUUGCCGGAAACAAGCGUAGAAGAUCUUGCUUCUGCGGUGAAGGGGUUCGGGAGAGUGAAUAAGUUUGCUGAUAGUGUUAAAGUCAUUAGAGCUGCAGAUGGAAGUUACUCUUUUGGGUUUGUUCAUUUCCAGUUUGCAGAAUCUGCAAAGAAGGCAGUUGAGGCUAAAGUCAUCACUGUACUAGGAAAGGAAGCUCGUAUAUCAUACAAGUCAUCUGCUAAGAGAGCUUCUAAUGGUGGCAAUGAGAACCGCGGCAGGUCUCCCACGGGCAGAGGCAACGGGUCCCACAGCAGGACUCCAUCCAGUCGUGCCCCGUCAACGUAUUCUUGCGAUAGUCCUCGCCACGCCAGACAAAACGGCCAAUCAAACCGGUCCCAAAACGGUGAUGUCAAUAGCCAUCCCGCCAACAACAAUGGAAAAACGCGCCACGUCAGCAGCCAGCAGGCCGACAACGGCAGGGCACGCCACGUCAGCACCCAUCAGGCCGACAACGGCAAUAUGCACCACGUCAGCACUGACAAUGGCAAAACACGCCACAUCAGCAGCCAGCAGGAAAACAAUGGCAGAAUGGCGGCUCCAGAGGUAGACGAGGAUGGAUUUACCAUUUAUCAAAAGAGACGCCAGAAAAGCCACAUUGACAGAAACAACAGUCAGCGUGGCGUGGAUCAGAGGUCGAGCAACGGAAAUGCUGGUCAUCAUCGUCGUCAGGGAAAUGGGCGGUCAGAUGGGCGGAUGCAUGACGGAGAGAGGAAUGAACCACGGCGGCAGAAUGGAGGGGGAGGGCCACACAAUGAUCAGAAACCUCGCACCAGGUGAAGUGUGUGUGUGCCUGAGAUGGUGAAAACGUUGAAAAAAUGCUUUAGUAUUUUGGUUUUCACUUAUAGCUAUUUUUUUCCCCUCAUUCAUCUGUUGUGAACAAUAAAAAUUAUUGUUUCUGCCCAUUAUAAAAAAAUUUGUCUCCGAAA